AGAUACUGAGAACAAUUCCAUUGUGUGUCAACAGGGGUGGAGUUUACAGCUGGCAUGCCUCCUUUUUGAGAUACAGUAUAAAGGUUCAAGAAGCAUACAGCACUCCUCACAUUAACUGCCCUGAAUAUUGUGGGUCUUUAGCUAUUUCAUUUUUUUAAAAAGAAAAACAAAGCGAAACACCAAUGGCAUUUUCUACCCGAAGCUUUCACAGGAGCACAAGUUCCACUUUCCAGGCACCUGCACCCAGCCUAAACAGUUCGGCUUACAGGAAAAUAGGUAUUCAAAAGUAUCAGGCACCUAGUGUCUAUGGGGGAGCAGGUGGCUAUGGAACCCGCAUUUCUACCAGUACCAAAUACGGAGGAGGCUUUGGAACUGGCUCUGGCAAUACCUUUCAGUUCAAUGCUAUUGGUAAUGACUUAUUUGCUGGCAACGAGAAACUGACCAUGCAGAAUCUCAAUGACCGUUUGGCUUCCUAUCUGGAGAAGGUGCAUUCUCUAGAAAAGACCAACUCCCAGCUUGAAAAGCAGAUCAGAGGGUGGUAUGCAACUAGCUCCUCAAGUACAAGACAAGACUACAGUCCAUAUUACAAUACAAUUGAAGAACUCCGAAACAAGAUUGGUGCUGCACAACUGGAAAAUGCCCGGCUCAUUUUACAGAUUGACAAUGCCAAGCUAGCUGCUGAUGACUUUAGAAUGAAGUAUGAGAGUGAGCUAGCCAUCAGACAAGGGGCAGAAAAUGAUACUGCUGGACUGCUCAAAGUCAUUGAUGACUUGACCUUGACAAAGGCAGACUUAGAGUCACAGGUCGAAGGUAUGACUGAAGAGCUGGCUUUCCUCAAGAAAAACCAUGAGGAGGAAGUUGACAGGCUGAGAAAACAACUGGGUGGCACAGUGAAUGUAGAAGUGGAUGCUGCUCCAAGUAUUGAUCUUGCCAAGAUUAUGGAAAACAUGAGGCAGCAAUAUGAAAGCAUGGCACAAAAAAAUCGUCAAGAGGCCAAAGACCGGUUUGAUAGACAGACAGAAGAACUGAACCAGGUAGUAGCUGUCAACACUGAACAACUGAACUCCAAAAAAACUGAGAUCACAGACCUGAAGCGGACCUUCCAGAGCUUGGAGAUAGAACUACAGUCCCAGCUUAGCAUGAAAAAAGCUUUAGAAGACACCUUGGCUGAAACUGAAGCACGCUAUGGUUCACUACUAGCCCAGAUCCAGGCUGCAAUUGGCAAUGUAGAGGGACAGCUGGUACAGGUCCGAGCUGACAUGGAGCGUCAGAACAAUGAAUACAAUAUUCUCCUAGAUGUAAAGACCCGUUUGGAGAUGGAGAUUGCCACGUAUCGUCACCUCCUGGAAGGAGAGGAUAUUGGAAGUCGUCAAUCAGAGUUAUCUAAAGCAGAGUAUGAGAAAGAAAUAAAUAAAAUUAGAAAAAUCAAGACAGUUGUUGAGGAAGUGGUUGACGGCAAAGUUGUCUCUUCCAAAGUUAAAGAGAUUGAAGAGAAGAUGUAAGUGGCAGCAGGAAGGAUAUGCCUCCAAGCUUCUCAGAGUGAUGGCAACAAUUAUAUGAUUAAACAAACAGUCCAAGCCAGGUCCCCCUGAAGUCAAUGGGAGGUUGAAAAAUCCCCAGGUUAUGCACUGGGAAAAUGUGCUUUUCCUUUGUUUUUGUCUAUUAAUCAUAAUAUUUUUUUUUAAAUUUGCAUCCCUAAGUUACAAAGCACAAAUAUCUGUUAAAACCUUUUUAUUUACAAGGUGACUGGCAAGUUUCUUAAAGAAUGAGGGCUAUUCAGUAUUUGAGAUAAGGUGUAUACUAUACUGUUAUACAGAAAUCCAUAAUUAAUUCUAGGGUAGCUAGGAAUUGGUCAUUAAAUUUAUAUUACAUAUCAGACUUUUUAAUUUAAAUUAAAUUGAUUUUAUUUUUAAAAUUAAAUUUGCUUAAUAUUAAAAUAGAUAUUUGGCAGCCUAGCCUACCACUUGAAUUUAAUUUAGAAAAUAUUUAAAUUAUAUUUUAUGCUGUAACAUUUUUGAAGAACCUCAAAUAUCAAAACAGGAACCAUAGUUUGUUGAAGUCCUGAAAAGAAUCAGUCUCUUCUGCAAGAGCAGGAGUUUUCUUAUAUUUUUUUCCUACUAGUUCAGCUUAGUGUCUCUUUAAUUCAAAGUUCAGAAACAGACUGAGCACUAAAAAGGCUGGGAAGCAUGUUUUCCUUUUCUGGUCUAUGAAUAAAAACAAGAUUCUUCUAAAACUUUAAAGGACAUGAAUAAAAAACAAUCAGUUCAAUUCACAGCUACAGAUAAUAGUGUACUUUCCUUGUUGAAUAUAUCAAUUAGUUUUAAAAGAAAAACGUGUUUUGAUUCUCUUUUUCUCUUAUGUAUCUAGUACACUUAAAUUGAUCUUAUUUAACUAAAAUAAAAGUUCUAAAAUGCUGGUCUUGAAUAUUUUCAGUUGAAUUUCAAUUUUCAUCCAAAUAGAGCUUUAAAUAAACUGAGUAAAAAUAAUUAUUAUCCAGUAAAUACUGGAAAAUAAAAGUAAAAGUGUCAUACUAAGUUAAAUGAUUUUAUAUAGAUAGUGCACACUCUUUCUAUUAACAAAAAGAAGUAAUGUAUCUGGAGUACUGGUAGAUGCUACAUACUUGGUUGCAAAGCUCAUGUUUGAAUUGUUAAUCAAAGAGAAUUCACAGCUCUUUAGGAAAAUAACUAAAAUGUAUAAAGGCAGCACACAAUUAAAACUGAUUAUUUGAAGCAAAGUUUCCAAAUAUCAUGAUUCAAAACAACAUAGAUCACUCUGAUUUAAAUCAAUCCAGCCUAUUAUUUAUGUUUAUUUUAAUGGGAUGCAUAUUCUAUUCUUUUUAUUAUGAUUUUUCUAAGAGUAACUAACAGGUAAUUUUCAGUAAUGUGUAACUAGUGUGUAGAAGCAGAAUAUUUAUCCUAAAACUUCAUAAAUAAGAGUGACCAUGGAAAUAAAAAGGAUUUAACAGGCUAUGCCUUCUCUGUAGUUUAAAGUAUUAUUAAAUCUCUCUUACUUUCUCUUUGUACUUCUGUAAUUUGUGGUGCAUUCGUAUCUUGCAUUCUUAUAGUAUAUAUAAUGUUGAUCCCUG